UCGAGGGGUGCAAAAACUGCAGCCUAACCAAACGGUCCCCAAGUAGAGUUCUUUCAAAACGAUGCCGUUUUAGUAUUUGUUCGUCCUCUCACGGGGGCGGGAACAGGAAACCACCAUGCCAUCGCUAUUCAAAUGAAACCCGUUUUAGGCUUUUAGCUUCCACAAGAAGCUGAACUAACUCUCUCUCUCUCUCUCUCUCUCUCUCUCAUCCUCUGAAAUGAUUCGAAAUCAGGAGGCAUUGGUUUUAUUGCUUGAUGUCAGUCCACCAAUGCACAAUUUUCUGCCAGAAGUUGAAAAACUCUGCUUCAUGCUAUUGCAGAAGAAGCUGAUCUACAACAAAAAAGAUUUAGUUGGAAUUGUUUUAUUUGGAACUAAAGUUACUAAAAAUGAGCUGACGAAGAAAGUGGGGGGAUAUAAGUAUGUGCUGGUUUCACAGGAUAUCAAAGUUGUUGAUGGUGAUCUGGUUGAAGCUGUACGAGAACUUCCUCGAGGGACUUUUGCUGGUGAUUUUCUCGAUGCUAUUGUUGUUGGGAUGGAUAUGUUGAUAAAGAAAUUUCUAUUGACAAAAAGGGGAAAGAUAAAGAAACGUCUUUGCCUUAUUACAAGUGCACUAUGUCCUACCAAGGGUCCAUAUAAAGGAGCAAAAGAAGAUGAAAUUGGCACCAUUGCUGAACAAAUGACUGCACAUGGCAUCAGGCUGGAAUGUAUAGUUGCAAGGGGGAGGCUAAGUGGCAAUAUGAAUAUGAGAAUAAUGGAGGAGAAUGAUCUUCUAUUGAAACUAUUUUCCAAGAAGACAAUUGCAAAGACAGUGUAUGUUGAGAGUCCUACUUCAUUAUUAGGUGCCCUUAGAACUCGGAACGUAGCACCUGUUACAAUAUUCAGAGGUGAUCUUGAAUUAAGCCCCAAAAUGGAGAUCAAGGUAUGGGUUUACAAGAAAUCAGCUGAAGAGCUCCCUGUACUGAAACUAUAUUCAGAUGAAGCUCCUCCUACUGAUAAAUUUGCCACACAUGAAGUCAGGGUAAAUCUUCAGUAUAAAAGUGUUGAAGAUCCUACCAAAGUUGUACCUCUGACGCAAAGGAUUCAAGGUUAUAGUUAUGGACCUCAAGUUGUUCCAAUUUCAUCUGCUGAAUGGGAAGCUGUCAAAUUCGAACCAGAAAAGGGUGUGAAGCUUCUAGGAUUCACUGAUGCUUCAAACAUAAUGCGCCACUAUUACAAGAAGGAUGUCAACAUCUUCAUUGCUGAGCCAGGAAAUACAAAGGCUAUUCUUGCAGUUUCUGCCUUAGCAAGAGCAAUGAAGGAAAUGAACAAGGUAGCAAUUUUGCGCUGUGUUUGGAGACGAAAACAGAGAAAUGUUAUCAUAGGGAUCUUGACACCCAAUGUAUCUGAAAAAGAUAGUGUUCCUGAUUCGUUUUACUUUAAUGUACUUCCCUAUGCUGAGGAUGUUCAAGAAUUUCAGUUUCCAUCUUUCAGCAAUCUUCCUUUGUCAUGGCAGCCAAAUGAAGAACAGCAAGAAGCAGCAGAUGACUUGGUCCAGAUGCUUUAUCUUGCACCAUUUGGCAGAGAGGAAUCUCUCUUACCUGAUGUUACACCCAAUCCUGUUCUGGAGCGUUUUUAUCGUUAUCUUGAGUUGAAGUCGAAGAAGCCAUAUGCAGCUGUUCCUCCAGUUGACAAAACCCUCAAAACAAUAACGGAGCCUGAUCCAAAACUCCUUGCUCAAAACAAGUCCAUAAUUGAUGAAUUUAAAAGGCGGUUUGAACUCAAGCAGAAUCCUAAGCUGAAGAAAUCAACUAGAGACAGACAGUCUGGUGUGAAAGAGGAAGCAAAUAUUGGAGAGAGUAGUGAUGCUGGAGCCAUCAAUUCUGUUGAAAAUACAUCUGUAAUUACUAUGGUUAAGAAGAUUGGAGAUUCAACUCCUAUCCAAGAUUUUGAAGCCAUGAUGUCACACAGAGAAAGCCCAGAGUGGGUUGGUAAAGCAAUCAAGGAGAUGAAGAACAAGAUUUUUGACCUGGUGCAAAAUUCAAAUGAAAGGGAUAACCAUCUUAAAGCAUUGGAUUGUCUAGUUGCCUUUCGCAAGGGUUGCAUCCUUGAGCAAAAACCGACAGAGUUCAACAAUUUCCUCCUCCAUAUUUACAAAUUCUGCAAGUACCAUAAUCUCAACAGUUUCUGUGAAUCCCUUGCAUCAAAUGAAAUCAUGCUGAUCCCCAAGACUGAAGUAACAGACAGGUUUAUUUCCUCCUCUCAUUUGCUCCAUUUUAUUCUAAAAGUUGUUCAUUGUGUCAAUCUCAUUUCUUUCAGCAACAAUUGAUAUUUGUCUCCCUACCAUCUUCUCUAAGCAGUGAAGUUACAGAAGAUGGGGCCAGAAACUUUAUGGUGAAAAAGGAGCCAAUACUAGAGUAAACAAAAUGGAACCUCUUUAUUAUUUUUGGAUUUCUCGUAGUAACCAGCUUUGUUUCUGACUCCAUUUUGAACUGAAAGGCAGAAAACAAAAGAACAGAAAAGAAAGAAAGAGAACUCUUCUUUCAAUCUUGAAUUUGGUAUUUUGGAGGAAUUGAAAAUUCUGUUCCCUGGCAAAGUUUUGAGUUCAUUCUGCAGGGAAGUUUCUUAUCAUCCUAACCAAAGGAGUCACAUAAUAUUGAUUACUUAUAUAUCCAUUAGCUGUAUCCAAAAUCUUCUUCCUGUUAUUAUGGGGUUGAGCAGUGGAAUGAUUGAUUAUUGGUUCUCCAUAA